GAUCAUCGUCGACACUCACAUCACUGAACUGAACUUAAGUCCUUAUUGACCAUUUUUGCUCAUGUAAAGCAGUGAAGGCAAGGAACGAGCAAUCUGUAUUAUUAUUUGAACCCCAAUUUUUCUGACGAAUUGUGAAGGUGCAAUGAGGGACUAUGAAGAGGUUACCUCAUUUUUGGGAACCUGGGGGCCGUUCCAGAAACUCGUUUACGUCCUCCUCAGCCUCAGCAGCAUUCCAAAUGGAUACGUUGGAAUGUCGAUGGUUUUCCUGGCGGACAUUCCCCCUCAUCACUGCAGAGUUCCAUCCCUGAACAGCAGCUAUGGAGGACUGGGCUACAAUCUGUCCAUCCCGACUGAGGAGCUGAAAGGGGAGACCAUCCUGAGUCGCUGCAGACGCUACACUGAACUGGAAGACUCUGGCUCUGUCUACAGCAACGACACAGAGGGAUGUGUGGAUGGCUUUGUGUUCAGCAAGAAGCAAUAUGUGUCCACUAUUGUCACUGAGUGGGAUCUGGUGUGUGAUGAUGCCUGGAAAGCCCCAUUCUCUGUGACGGUGUUCUUCUUUGGGGUGCUGACGGGGUCUUUCAUCUCAGGAAUCAUAUCUGACAGGUAUGGAAGGAAGAUCAUCUUCUUUGCCACCAUGGCAGUGCAGACGGUCUUCAGUGUGAUCCAGGCUGCCUCCACCAGCUGGGAGAUGUUCUCUGUCCUCUAUUUCCUAGUUGGAAUGGGACAGAUAGCCAACUACUGCUCAGCUUUUGUUCUGGGUUCUGAGCUCCUAAACAAGACCGUUCGCAUCAGCUUUUCGACUAUAGGUGUAAGCCUGUCAUAUGCCUUUGGCUACGUGGCUCUUCCCGUGGUGGCCUACUACAUCCGAGACUGGAGGACACUUCUACUGGCCUUGUCUGCCCCCGGGUUCCUUUACAUACCUUUGUGGUGGUAUAUUCCAGAGUCUCCUCGCUGGCUGCUUUCUCAGGGGCGGGUGGAAGAGGCGGAGGCCAUCAUUCGAGCAGCAGCCAAGAAGAAUGGCAUCACUCCCCCAGACGUCAUUUUCAAGCGAGAAGACAUCGAGAAGCUGAUGGGUGGGGAUGGUGAACCAAAACUCUAUUCAUGGACUGAUCUCCUAAAAACCUCAAAUAUAAGGAAUACUACUCUAGUUAACAUUACCAUUUGGAUAACAGUGGGUUUGACGUACUACGGCUUGUCCCUCAACACCCCAAACAUGGACGGGGACCCCUACCUGAACUGCCUGGUGUUUGCGGGCAGCGAAGUGUUGGGUUACUGCCUCAUGUGGGUAGCGGCCCGCUACGCUCCCCGGCGUAUCGUCCUGCCGCUCUGCCUCCUCACCUGCGGCGUUCUGCUGCUGAUCAUCAAAGUUGUUCCGGAAGAGCUCAAUGCCUUGACUGUCACACUGGCUAUGAUUGGGAAGACCACCACGGCAGGUGCCUACGGCUUCCUUUACUUCUACGGCACAGAGCUCUUUCCCACAGUGGUGCGCAACAUGGGCCUGGGUGUCUCCUCCAUGGCCUCUCGCAUUGGGAGCACGGUGUCCCCAUAUGUGGCCUACAUUGGAACGUAUAACAAGGUGCUGCCGUACCUCCUUAUGGGAUUCGUCAGCAUUUUUACAGGCGUGUUGAGCAUAACGCUGCCAGAGACCAGAGAUGAGGAGCUUCCUGAGUUUAUUCAUCAAGCCAAACCGCUUGUGUGGUUUUGCAGGAAAAAGAAACCAGUGAACGGGAAAAUCUACGAGGAAAAAGUAAAAACCGGGGCUGGAUUCGAGAGCGUAAAUGUCUAACAACGCAUUACAAUUUCCUUGAAAAGACUGGUGUCUCCUAUUGUACCUAAAACAUGUUGGUUCUGUUGACUGGAGUCAAUUUUGUCUUUGUUGACAAUAUUCAAGACCCUCCCCAAAGCAGCAAAAGGAGGACGUGUUCAACAUGUUUUUAUUUUUUCAGGUGUCGUUUUGGUGUCAGAUUUGUUCAGAAUCCAGAUUAUGUUCUCCACACAUUCUCAAAUGGUUGAUUUGUGGUGUCCAACAUGUUUUGUGCAUGUUGUAAAAGGGUGUUAAACACAACGUUGGGGAAAAACACGUUAAUGGACGGGCAGAUAUGGUGGGGGAAAGAAGGACUCGGUGUCAGUGUCAGUGAAACUGUAUUAGAAUGAAAAUAAAGAAAACCAAAGAUAAAGUGGCGUAACAAAUAUUUCGGGUCUAGCCCAUCAUCAGUGUUCCCAAAAAUUGGGGUAAGGUAAAAUGUGUUUUUUUUGCUCCACACAUAGAGUUUAGGUAGUCUGAAACUUAAAUUAAACCUUUUCAUGCAGCACCAUGGGCUUUGACAUUUCGUGAGCUGAGAAUUAUAAGGUUCUAUCUCCAUUUUUGGUAAAAUUGAGUUUUUUACAUAAUAUGACCCAUUACAUGCUUAUUAAUGCCUGUGUGGUGUUAUUUUUGUGAAAAAAGUAUUAUUUUACAUUGUUAUUAAUGAAAUAAAAACGUUCUAUCUCACAAAACAGCUGGGAUGUAAAAACUUUGAUGCUCAAUAUCUCAGAACUACCCUAAACGGAGAUAGAACCUUAUAAUUCUAAGCUCACGACUUUACUUUGGUCUACAGUCUAUGCUUUAUAAAGGCAUUUAUGAAACCAGUUACGUGAUAUCAAGGUAACAAUGCACAACCAAUGUGUAAUUUCAACCAAUUCAUUUUUGUUGCCCGUCUUGUGGCGUUUUGGACUGCUAAAUGGUGUAACAGCUCAAGGUGACCUGAUCAUUACCAUAUUCAUAAGCAGGCUUUCCAUGACAGAUGCAUGUAUGCAUGUGUGAUGUGGUACUUUCCCAGCACCAAACAGAAUGACAGACAUACAACAAUGACUAUAAAGACCAUGAAGGGAAAAAAACGAAGGGAAAAGAAAAUGACAAAAAAUAUCAUCAUGUAAACUUUCCUAAAUUGUCUUAUAUGUGGACACAAAGUAUUGUUUCCACAGAGAUUUGUUCACUGUUUGAUUAUCUAAGCAACACCACAAGUCAGAGCAGAUAUACUGGCAUUCUACAAGCAAGGACAGGCACAGACUUUGCUUUGGUCCAGACGAAAAUGUAAAGUAGGUGUGAAAAGAUACUGUAACAGUUGGCCCUGAAGGUAGUUUUGCAGCCUACAUAAGAUGUACUGUACAUACGCCCACCCCUCCAUUUUCCUAUAUGGAACUGUUUCUUCCAAUUCGCCAUCUUCUGUGAUAAUGAUAGUACUGUAUAGUCAGGCCUAUAAUCAAGUGUACAUUUAUGAGAAUUUACAUCCUAUAUAAUUAUAUCAGACUCCAGGGGGAUUCAGUGACUGUGCAUGUAAGUCCAUUUUUGUUCACUUGUUAAAGUCUUGUCUUCAAUGUAGACAUGCAUGUUAGACACUGGUAUUACUGGCAGGAGACAUUGUCUGGGUGAAAUGCACCAUGACUUCUAUUUCUAUAU